CAAACACGUGUCAGUUUUAACCAAAAAUUACCGCUGCUUAUAACGCGCCAAUAAUUUUGGAAUUUGCGUUGAAUUGUAUAUAAAUUCUGUUGAUUAAGAAUCUUAAUUUAAGAUGGAACAACCAUUGAACAUUUUGUGGCAAAAAGGUGUUUCGUCAGAUGUGUACAUCGAUAUAUUUGAUAUUCGGAACAAUGAGUUUCCUUUGAGCGCAGCGAAGAUAUUAGUUGAUGGACUAUACAAAGGAGCCAAGAGUUCUGGGCUGCAAAAAAGCGAUUUAAAUGCAAAACUAGUACGAGAACAAGCAAAUGCAAUAUUUGCACAAGGUAAAUACUAUGAUGCAAUGGAACAAUAUAACCUUGCAAUGUCGAUGGCCAAAAAUUGCCGUUCUGAAGAAUUCGGUCUUGCGAUUGGAAAUCGAGCAUCUUGUUUCUUUAAUUUGAAUAUGAUCGAGAAUUGUUUGGCUGAUGUUCAAUUGGCAAAGGGAACCAACUAUCCAAAGCAUUUAAUGCAUAAGCUGAAUGAGCGCGAGAUCAGAUGCACGAAAUUGAUGGCCAAACCACAAUUCAAAUCGGCUUCACACGAUAUAUGGGAACCAACGUUGAGUUUCAAUGAGCAUAAUGAAUUUGCCGGCGUAGCUGAUUGCUUGAAAAUUAAGAAAAACGAUAGAUUUGGACGUCAUAUCGUCACCACAUGUGAUUUGAAAAUAGGCCAAACGAUUCUGGUUGAACGUCCGUAUGCUGCAGUACCACCACGCGAAAAUGAAGGCCGCAUGCGUUGCUGGUAUUGUUUCAAAGAAUGUAUGAAUUUCAUUCCGUGCAAAAGUUGUCUUUGUGUGAUUUAUUGUAAUGAGGAGUGCAUGGAAAUGUCCUUUCACAAAAUGGAAUGCAACAGACCAGCAGCGCUGUCACGCAAGGAAACAUAUGAGCUAAUCAUGCGGAUGAUUUUUAAGAUUAACGCUGAUUUCACCGAUGUCGAUGCAUUAAUGGAUUUGGUGCAGUUGCUAAUUGACGGAAAAAAACCACCAAUGAACUUGACGCAAUCCCAAAAAUACUUCUGUGCGCUUUUUCAACUAGUUCAUCACCACAAGAAGGUGUCAGCCUACGGUUUGGAACGGAUGCGUGCAUCCGCAGGCAUAGUGAUUUUGACAACUUCGCGAUACCCCGAAUUCAAACGAAAAUAUCUAUCAUUGAAACACAAACGUUUCCUUCAGCAUUUGAUUUUGCAUCUAUUUCAUGUGGCUGAGCAUGCGAUUGAUAUGUUCGAAUACUUUCAAAAAGACACCACCGCAAUUAUAGCCAAUUAUGAAUAUCGUCAUUUCGCAAGAGGAAUGUAUCCAUUUGCGUGCUACAUUAAUCACUCGUGCGUUCCCAAUAUCUGCUGGUUUCAUGUCGAUGAUCGUCUUGUCUGUAAGGUUAUUCGGCCCAUUAAAAAAGGCCAACAAAUUUUCCGGUCAUAUUUCCCUGGACAAAAUUCUUACAAGCAACUACCAAUUCUCAAGUUGGAAUUGCAAUUACGUUAUCAUUUUGAAUGUGAGUGUAUGUUGUGUACGAAUGACGAUUGGUCCCCAUUGACAGACGAAGUUGACUUCUCGGAUGACCCAUUGUACACAAUCGGAAUGAAACCAUUUUGCAUGACAGUCAAAGAACUACGCAAACUAUCUCGAUCGCAAAUUCAGCAAUACGAAAAGAAUGCCAUUGAUUUUUUGGUAAAGUAUGGCCGUUUUCAUCCAGUGAACGAUACAAUGGGAAUGCAAAAUACUUUGCUCAUCAUGUGGAACGUGCUUGCAGCACGCCAAUAGAAGUAUCUGAAACACAUUUGUUUUUCAAAAUAUUUUGCUUUUCAAUAAUCUCUUGAACAUUCGUGAUUAAAUAAUGUCCAUAAAAAUACUGAAUAAAGUAAAAAAAAAAA